AUCAUUAAUUGUUAUUACAUUCAGAAUGCCCACUUGUUUAGCACGUGGAUGUCAUCAAACAACUGGGAAAUUGCCAAUUAAAAAAAGUUUUUUUCAAAUCCCAAAACCAAUAAAUGAAGAAGAGUUGCAACGUAGUAUUAGAUGGCUCCAUAAUAUUGGUAGAGAUUUUGAGUUUAAAGAUUUUAAGUUUACUGCAAGUAAAACACUUUGUGAAGACCACUUUCAUCCACUAUGUUUUGAAAAAAACUCGCAAGCAAAACUACUUGGUAUAGAACAACGUAGGAAAACAUUGGUGCCAGGUGCUGUGCCUACAAUAUUUGAACACAAAAUAUUCGACGAAAUCAACAUGGAUGGAAGAACUCCCGAAAGUGUGUUAAAUUCUGAAAAAAUUGAGCGGAAAGAGUUUGUUAAAAAAAUACUAGAUAGUUACGAUAAAACCUCCAUAACGAAUUGUGAAGAAUCCAUUAUGGCCAAUAAUAAACAAAAAAAUAAAGAUGAAAAAAACAUGAGAAACAUGUCAUCUAGAAAAAGCAAGAUUGUUGUCGAUGAAAAGGAAUCACAAAGAGUGUUAAAAGUAGCUGACCAACUAUUUUCUAUCAAUGUUCAACCUGCAAAUAGAAAUAUAUUCAAGUCGUUGCAAAAUUUUAUUGAGAAAGAUCCUACUAAACCAAAUGGUAACAUCAACAAUUCCAUCGUGGUACGACCAGUAAAUUUAGUUUCUCUUACAAAAGUUUCUGUUGGUAAUAUUUGUGAGAAUCAAAAAGCAAUACCGCUUAGUAAUGUCCGAGUUGUUCAAUUGUUGAACCUUCCUAACAUAAAAACAUCAGUUACUAGACCAUCAGCAACGUUAUCAAAUGCUUUGACUGUUUCUGCUGUCAGAUGUACACCUGUCAAACAAGAUCAAAAUCUAAACAAUAAAAACACAGAGCAUGUUAAAACUAAUAAUCAUAAACCAACAAGAAACAAUGAUAUUGCUUCUGUAAAGUGGAUUGAAACAAUGCCAGAUAAGAAACAGGAGCAAGUUUUUGAUACAUCAAGUAGUUUAUCUAAUAACAUUGAUGGAGAUAAUGAUGUAAGAAGAAGUAAGAGAAAACGACUUGCUAAACUUAAAAAUGACGAGCCCUAUAAACGAAAAAAAUCUGCUUGCCAAGAGGAGCCUUGUGGUGAAUCCCUAGAUACUUCCUUUGUGAGUGAUACACAAGAAUCAAAACCAGAUUUAGAUUCCUCCUUAUUGGGAGAUACAAAUGGAGAAACUUCCACUCCAUGUGAAAACACAUACCUUGAGCAAAAUCAGAGUGAUGUCGGAGGAAUUAAUGCUGAAUUAAUUGAUAAUCUGUCCCCUUCUAAAUCAGCACUGGCUAAACUUGGUUCGACAAUGCCUUGUUUCAAAUGUGGUAGCAUAUUUCAAACAAGAUAUGCAAUAAUAUUUACACAAAAAUUUUACUGUUGCAGAGAAUGCUUACCAUCUGAAACUACAAGAGAAAUGAGAUUGGGUACUAUCAUCAAGCAUUGUCACGAAAGUGUAACAGCACGCAAUAGAAGAGAAAGAAGGGAGAGAAAGUCACCUAAAAAUUAUGCAGCAAUGGAUUCGAUCAAUGAGGUUCAUUGCACAACACCUGACUGUGAUGGCAAGGGGCAUGUUAAUGGGAGAUAUUUACACCACAGGAGUAUUCACGGUUGUCCAAAAGCUCAGAAGAACGUAAAAAGGGAAGUAAAAAGUGAGCCUUCUUCUCUGUGCUCGUCUCCUUCAACGGAAAGUGUCUUCAAAUUUCCACUAUCACCCGAAUUUCCAAUUCAACCAACGGAACAAAAUUCUAUAGAUCGGUGUAAUACUAAAGAAGAGAAUUGUGUUAUACCUGAAAAUUCUAGCCGAUCUGCGAAACGAGAGAAGACCAGAUGUCCGUUUCCUGGAUGCGAUGGCAAAGGACAUAACAAUAAGAAAUUCCCUAGACAUAGAAGUUUGUUUGCAUGUCCACUUGCAGACCGUUUAAAAAAAGAGGCAGCUGGGUCAAAUAAAUGUCCUGUACCGGGUUGCGAUAGUUCUGGCAGUGUACUUACCGAUCAAAAAACGCAUGAUUCUCUUUUAACAUGUCCAAAACUUUCUAAAGAUCAAGAAAAACAAUGUCCUGUUCAAGGUUGUGACGGAAAGGGUCACAAGUCCGGAAAAUACACGACUCAUCGGAGUGUGUUGACUUGUCCAGGAAUUUCAGUUAGCGCUCAAACAGAUUCUGGAUUUCAUACUUCGAAUUCCAAUAGAAACCAGCAAAAUAAUGCACCACAGUCUAAAUGCGACAGUACUUCUGUAUCUGAAAAUAUUCCAAAGGUUUAUUCGGUAAAAGACAUGCUAGUGGAAUUUCCUUCUCUAUAUAAUGAGGUGAAAUUGUUGCAACGAAAUAACGACGAAAUCAAGUAUCAGCUACCCAACAUGAAACUGAAGUUGAAAAGAAUAAAAGCAAAGCAGACAGUAGUAACACAUAGAACUGAGAAGCUGAUGGUGGCAGAUCAUACGUUGGAUACAGAACUCUAUGAACGAAGAAGAACAUUUGAAGAUAUUGUUGGACGUUUAAAACUUCCAAUUGAGCUGUCAAACAUACCUAAAACUGAACAUAAAGAAUUUUUUGACAAAUUUAAAGAAUUUUACAACAGUGAUGCAGGUUUGGUUUAUCGAGACAAAAUCAAAUCUGUAUUUUUAGAAAGUAGCAGAAAAAAUCCGUAAUGUAAACACAAUUUUCUACAUUUUUUAAACAAAUAUUUAUGUAUAUGUUUAUAUAACUUUUCUAGUUUUUUUUUUUUUUUAAUCGAAUAUAUAUCCCUUGCGUUU